AUGGUAACCAUUUUGGCUUCUCACAAUGUCACUCCAAACCAACCAACUCCCACUGAACCUUUAUGGCUAUCAGAUAGUGACCAAAUCGGGUUCCUAGCUCACAUUGAGAUUGACAAAAUGGGGAUCGAAUGGAGGUGGAUUGCAAUGCAAAGGGAGUCACAUUACUUGAAGCCGAAAGCUCAAAGACAUUUUGGUGAAUAUGGAGACUUUUCUCCUUCGGAUUCAACAGAGGAACUUGUUCCCAAAGUUGAUUACAGGAGAUCCUUCUAA